GCAGUAGCAAGAAAUGGUCAAGUCAAGGAGGUAAUUAUAUCAUUUAGUUCUGUAUGUGUUUAAGCAAAUUUUAGGUUUUGCAAAAUUUAUGUUUGCAAUACCUGGUAUCCAUUUAAAUUUUACACAGUGAAACAAAACUGGCAAGACUUUUCUUAUUUUUAAAGAAUUAAAGCUUCCUUCUAAAACCAAAAACUUAUUUCUGAAGCACUGUGAUUUCUCCAUCUUUAUGCUUCAAACUACACUUAUAAAAUCCUAUUAAUUUUGUUCCCUUUUAAGUAUCAGUACACUUUCCAACGAGUAUUUGACGAAUUUGCAUCACAGAAGGCUGUAUUUGACCACACUGCCUUACCACUUGUUAGAGAUUUGGUGGCUGGAAAGAAUGGUAAAUAUCUAAUCCUUUUCUAUACAUAUUUAUUAACUUUACACACUAUAACUUUAAAAAAAUGCAUUUUAAAAUUUAAUCAGAUAAUUAAAUAUUUUUUUUCAAUCUAAAAAUUAAAAAUUAUUUUGAUUUUGUGUGAAGAAAAUAUGGUGAUGGAUUUUAAAAACUAUUAUCUUGAAUAGGUCUUUUGUUCACUUAUGGCAUCACUGGUUCGGGGAAAACAUAUACAAUGACAGGAAGUCCACAGGAUCAAGGUAUACUGCCUAGAUGUCUUGAUGUUCUCUUUAACAGCAUUGCAGAUCUCCAGGCAAAAAAAUAUGUAAGUUGUUAAAGCUAAAAUUUAAUGUUUAGAAUUUCACAUUCUAUGUUUGACUUGUUGAAAGGGUUGCAUUUCCUGUUGUAUUCUCUUGCCUUUUACAUUGUCCAACUAAAGUUUCAAAAACGAUAUCCAUAUGACUCUGGAUGCAUUAAAAAGAUUUACCUUAUCUCUGUUUAGAAAUUAUUUCAUCCUCAAUAAAAAUGAAAGUAUUGUCAACUUUACGUAAACAAAAAUAAAAAAUUAACCAAUGAAUAAUGUAUUUUUGUUUAAGAGCUUCCUCUUUCCCAGUGUCUGUGACUUAUUAAUGUAAGAAACAGUGCAAUUUAGAGUAAUGUUUUCUUUUAUGUUAUUUGAAAUGUCACUUUGCUUUUAUUAAAUAGGAUCUUGGUUAGGAACCUGUGGUUUAUGCAUGUUGAAUAUAUGAAAGUUUUAAAUGGUAUUUGCAUUUAUCAUUGUUACACAGUUAUACAAUAAAAUAGUGGAUCCUGCCAAGAAGACUGGUGUUAAACUGUGUGCCAAUGCUCUUGAACUAUUUGUAAUAAGAUUAAUAAAAAUGAUAUUCAAGUUAGAAGAAUUUAUUCAGAAUAUUGUGAGCCUGGACUGGGAACAGGACACUGUAGCUGUACAUAAGAAAACAGUGCUACAUUCAUUAUGCAAAUGUUCAUAAAUCAAGAACUGCCUUUAAAAGAUUUUACUCUGCUAAGAUCACUUAUAAAUUAGCAUGUUCUUGAUAAUUUUACGGUAUGAAUCUCCAGUCCUUAAAAAUGUCUUCAGCGACGGAGAUUUAAUUUUUUUAUACACAGUAAAUAGUUGUGUGAAUUUGUUUUAAAUAUUUAAUGCUCAAUUUCUAGGUCUUCAGACCGGACAGAAUGAAUGGUUUUGAAGUGCAAACUGAAGCUGAUGCUAUGAUGGAGAGACAGAGACGAGAGAUAAUGCCUAAUUUGACCACACCCAGCAAAACGAACCAAAAAAGGUAUCUUUUACUUUAUAUAAUUAAAAAUUAACUCAUCUUAAAUUCAUUUAAAUCUUUCUUGAUUCCAUUAAAAAAAUUGCAAUGUUUCUCUCUACCAGGCCUGAAUCAGGAGAUAUCGAUCGUGUUUGUGAUUCCACAAAAGUUGACACAGUAGAAGAGGAUAACAACUAUGCUGUGUUUGUUUCAUACAUUGAGAUCUACAAUAACUAUGUCUAUGAUCUCCUAGAGGAGCUGCCAUAUGAUGUCAUAUCAGGAUAUAAGUAAUAAUAUUUUACUAUCAUGUGCUUAAUAUUUAGGUUGAACUUAAUGGCUGUACAGAGCUGGCAGGUUACUUACACAUGAACUGGCUUAAGUUCACUUUAGAGAUUGUCUCUCUGAUGGAUCAAAAGUCUCUUGAAAUUAUGCAGACAUAUUUAUGAUCCUAUAGUUAAAGAUGAAUGAAUCUGGCCUUAAAAUUAGUACUGGUACAUCAGUUGAUGUAGACUGAUGACGGUGAUUAUAAUAUAUUGUUCACAUUUGUAUCUUCAUUUUAUUUGUACACUCUGUAACAUUAACCCUUUACGGGGCAGAGCGGCCGAAAACGUCUUUACCACUUAAAGGGCAAAACGCCCAAAAGCGUCAGUGACGACUUAGUGUUGUUUUCUUGUGACCUCCGAGGCUUUUCGAGACUUCCUAUUGUUUACAUCCGGUUUUUCCGAUAGCUUAAUAGAGUAGGCGCCAAUUACAAGUAUUUAAUCAAUUUUUUAUUUAGUUUUAGUGGUUUAAAAAUUUUUUUUUUAAAAUGGAUUUUGCCAAUUAUUCAAGUGAUAGCGGAGAUUUCGCUGGAUUCAAUUAAAAGUGACAUUUAAGUGCACGAAUUGACGGUAAAUUGGAACUAGAUGUUUAUAUUAUUAGUAAUAUUAGUGAAAUCAGCGUAGUAAGCAGAGUUGAAUUUUAUAAACUUCGAUUUUGUGGCAGUGUUUGUAAAUAGUAAAUAGAUGACUCACAAUCACAAACAAUAUGUUGUUUUUGCAAAUAUUUGUGUUCAUAUAAGGGUUAAUGGCAACAUGUGAGUACAAUUAUAAAUCUGCAUUCAUUUUCCUUUAUUUUGUUUUUUAUUUCACAAAAAAUUUGUUGACUAAAACCUUAGAUUUGAUUUUUUUUGUAAUGUAGCCCAAAAUUUUAAUAAAAAACGGAAAAGUGGAGCCCGUUCAGGACAUGCAAGAGGAAGUACCUCUGCCCCGUAAAGGGUUAUAAUAUAUUUAUAUUUCCAAAUAGAGCUAUUUGCUUAGGAGGGAUUAUUUUAAAAGUAGGUUGGGUGGGAGUUGUUUCACACUUCUUGUAAUUGACAUUAAAUGUUUUUGUAAAACAAUAACUUCCAAUUCAGUUUCUCAAUUCUCUAAAAUUGAAAUGUAGCAUAUUUUGACAUUUUUUGUUGUUGCCAUAAUCAUUUUCAGAGGUCCCCAAUCUAAAAUCUUACGCACUGAUUCGGGAGAUAACAUGUACGUCAAUAACUGUACUGAAAUAGAGGUGAAGCAGCCACAGGAUGCCAUUGAUGUUUUCUAUAAAGGUGGGAUGCAUCGUGUGUGUGUUUGUAUUAUGACAUAACAUAUAUGUUUUUUUUAGAUUUAAUAACUUUCAAGAUUUGGCUUGUUAAAGGAAGAUAACGUAACAAAGGACUGAAAAGCAGUAUGCAAAGAAAAACAAUACAGAAGCUAGCAAUAUUCAUAAUAUUUAAUUAUAAUAUUAAGUUUAUAUACAAUUACAAAAUCAAAGAUACAGAAAUAAAAACCAUUUUAACUUACAUCACAGCAAGUGAAAAAGAAUAAUUCUAAAAAAAUACAAAUAUUAAUUUACACAUGCACACAAAGAGUACAACCUUGUAAGGCUCAUAUAAGUUUAUUAUGUCUUUACAAGUUCCAUGUCUUGGAAAUUUUGCAAAAAAUCUCUUCCAGCUAGGAAAACUGCUGGCUUAUAUAUAGGGAGGCUUUUAGAACCCUCCAGAAAAGAAAUUCGAGAAACAACCUUUUCCAAAUCAAGGGAGGGGAGGGUGUGGUAGAAAUAGAAAAGAAUUGGUAGCACAAUGUCACCAAGUUAAUUGGUGACAAUCAAAAAAAUUAAGUCAACACACAGGCUAUAACAGUAUAUUAAACUAAUCUAUCAGGAGGUGCCUGAAAUUAUUGAAUACAAAUUUAAUUAAAACAUUUUUUUUAAGGCUUCAGUACUGAAAAAUAUGUUAUGAUUCAGCAUUACUGGUGGAAAAACUGAUAAAUUAUACACAAUUGUGAUUAAUUCAUUAGUCUUAAUAAUAAAUAAGUCUAAAUAGAUGUAUGAAGCUUUGAUUUUUUUUUAUGUAACUGAUUAACCCUGCUCUUAAUCCAGGUCAAAAGAGAAGAAAAGUGGCCCAUACAACAUUAAAUGCUGAAUCAAGUCGGAGCCACAGCGUUUUUAAUAUCAGAUUAGUUCAAGCCCCUCUCGAUGACAGAGGAGAAGAGGUUAUCCAGGUAAUAAUGACAUACAUGGCAUUGUUAUAA